AUGGAUAAAGCUAAGAAGGCCGUUUCCAACUUCCUGUCCAAGGAUGGCAAACACGACACCACCAUCGAUCAAGAUGUUCGCGAGCCCGUCGUCAAGGAGCACGUUCAUCCUCAGAGACAUGAAGAAGUCGUCACCGCCGUCGAUCAAGAAAUCCACCAAGAUCACCACCAGACUGUUGUGCAGCCUCUCUCUACCAAGGAGACUCUCCCCGAGAAGCACACGCACAACGUGGCGGCCGUGAGUGAAAAGUCCGUCAACCACGCCAAUGCGGCCGAGACCAAGGCCGCACUGCAGCAAGACGCCUCGCAGUACUCGUCGGAGCGCGUCGUGCACGACACCGAGUACAGCACCUCGGCCGGCGCCGCCGUGACGGGCCAGCGCACCCACCACCACGUCCACCACCACGUGCAGCCCGUGAUCCAAAAGGAGACGGUGCAGCCCGAGGUCGUGCACACGACGGUGCCCAUCCACGAGGUACACCAGGCGGCGCCCAUCCACCACGAGACCACGGUCCUGCCCGUCAAGACGGUCGAGGAGUUUCUCGGCAGCGACAAGAAGAACCUGGCCUCGUCGGCGCCGCGCCAGAUUGCCGAGUUUGAGGGCUGCCCCAGCCUCAAGGACAAGGCCCUGCAGAAGGAGCAGGAGGCCAAGCACGGCGGCAGGGCUCUCACUGAUGAGACGUUGGGUGGUGCCGGUAUUGGUAGCAAGACCCAGAAGACGGCGGGCAGCGGCCUGGGCAGCAACACAACUCAGGGCAAGCCUGUCCUCGGUCAUUAA